UCAACAACAAAACAAAAACACACUCCGAAAACAAUCAAAAAGAAAAAAGAAAAAAAUUCCGCCCACCCAAAUUCCUCCGUCCAAGCUCUCAUCAAAUUUCUAGGGUUUCCAGUUGUCCCUUGCAAUGGCGAACAUCGACAUCGAAGGAAUACUGAAAGAGCUCCCUCAAGAUGGCAGAAUCCCGAAGACGAAGAUCGUCUGCACUCUCGGCCCGGCGUCGAGAUCGGUGCCGAUGAUCGAGAAGCUUCUGAGGGCGGGGAUGAACGUUGCAAGAUUCAAUUUUUCGCAUGGGACCCAUGAGUAUCACAAGGAGACGCUCGAUAAUCUCAGGGCAGCGAUGCAGAACACUCAGAUCCCUUGUGCCGUUAUGCUGGAUACAAAGGGACCGGAGAUUCGCACAGGCUUCCUGAAGGAUGGAAAACCCGUCCAACUUAAAAAGGGCGAAGAGAUAACAGUGAGCACUGAUUACAGCCUCAAGGGUGAUGGAAAAACAAUUACCAUGAGUUACAAGAAACUUCCUGUAGACUUGAAGCCUGGAAACUCCAUCUUGUGUGCUGAUGGAACUAUAACCCUCUCUGUACUUUCAUGUGAUCCAGCUGGUGGAACAGUUAGAUGCCGUUGUGAGAACACUGCUAUGCUUGGUGAGAGGAAAAAUGUUAAUUUACCUGGCAUUGUGGUUGAUCUUCCAACAUUGACUGACAAAGACAAGGAGGAUAUACUGGAGUGGGGUGUUCCCAAUAACAUUGAUAUUAUUGCUCUCUCGUUUGUGAGAAAAGGCUCUGAUCUCGUCAAUGUACGUCAGGUCUUGGGUCCUCAUGCGAAGCACAUAAAGUUGAUGUCAAAGGUGGAGAACCAGGAGGGUGUGAUAAACUUUGACGAAAUCCUAAAGGAAACCGAUGCUUUCAUGGUCGCUCGUGGUGAUCUUGGCAUGGAGAUCCCAGUCGAAAAAAUCUUCCUCGCGCAAAAGAUGAUGAUCUACAAAUGCAACCUUGCUGGUAAACCUGUGGUGACUGCCACACAAAUGCUCGAGUCCAUGAUCAAAUCCCCUCGCCCGACCCGCGCUGAAGCCACUGACGUCGCCAACGCUGUCCUUGACGGCACCGACUGCGUCAUGCUCAGCGGCGAGAGCGCUGCUGGGGCCUAUCCUGAGAUCGCCGUCAAGGUCAUGGCCAAAAUCUGCAUCGAGGCCGAAUCCUCUCUUGAUUACAAUGCUAUCUUCAAGGAGAUGAUACGGUGUGCCCCGCUUCCGAUGAGUCCGCUUGAGAGCCUGGCGUCGACAGCGGUGCGGACGGCGAACCGAGCGCAGGCGACGCUGAUCGUCGUGCUGACGAGAGGAGGGACGACUGCGAAGCUUGUGGCAAAGUAUCGGCCAUCAGUGCCUAUACUGUCUGUCGUUGUUCCUGUACUGACUACUGAUUUUUUUGAUUGGUCAGUGAGCGAUGAGUCGCCCUCGAGGCAUAGCUUGAUAUAUAGGGGGCUGAUACCGUUGCUGGCUGAGGGUUCAGCGAAGGCUACGGAUGCAGAGUCGACAGAGGUGAUACUGGAGGCGGCGCUCAGGUCGGCGGUGAAGAAGAAACUGUGCAGGCCAGGGGAUUCUGUUGUUGCGCUGCACAGGAUUGGUAUUGCUUCAGUCAUCAAGAUUUGCAUCGUGAAGUGAUGGAUUGUAUUAUGCUUGCUGUUUAGUUGUUGAUUUCCUAAGCGCACGGUUAAUACAUAAAGUGCAGGGUAUUGGAGAGGGAGGACUCCAAUUAAAGGGAAAUCAUUUUAUUGUUGAAUCUGUAAGGUAUAGUGAAUUGGUUUUGAUGAGCCCAGAUCUAGCUGGUUGGUUAGCUGGCAAUGCCGUGGACUGGGUGUUGUUUCCAGUUUAUUUCGUUCUUAAAGAAUGUUGUAGCCUCAGGCUGUUAACCAAGUCGUUUGGUUAGCUGAACGUUGCGAAAAUGGCGAGAAUAAUUGUUUUUUUUGUAAAUUUUAAUGGCAACGGCAGCAGUAUGCUGGGGGUUUCUAUAAUUGGUGGAGCUGUUUGUAGGCUACUAUAUAUUGUUUGUUUUACCGCU